GCCUGCACGUCAGUUUGUGGUUCUACCUACGAACCGCAAAUCAAAUGUUUAGUCUUGUGGACUGUAGAUAUCAUGAAUGACAUUAAAUUACCAGGGAAACGGGAGUUUGAAAUCGUAACUUCUCGAUUGCAUGCUGUUAAAAGUCAUAUGUAAAAUCAGAUUUACUCGAUUGUAUCUCUGCUGUGCAAGCGAUUAAGUUGACUCUCUGCAUUUCUUAAAUCUGUACGACUGUACGAGUACCAGUAAAACCGGUAAGCCGGUUUCCUGUCACUCGCAGUAUUUCGCGCUUCGUCAAAUUCUGAGUUGUAGAAGAAUCUCUGCUUUGUGACACUGUUUCUAUCACCUGCUAACAUGCCAGUAUCACCGUUUCGUGAAACUCCCGCACGAAAUUUGAUGUACAAGAUUCCCACUGAGCAGUUCGUCUUUGUACACUCGACUUAUACGGCCGAUAUAGCAGUUGAAGAGCAGCAAAAUUAUCCAGAGAUUGUUCCAUCGGUGUGGUCUGUGGAGCUGACGAUCGCAGAGAAAGACGGAAAAGCUGUUGUAACCGCAACAGUUCGCCCUAAAGAAGGAGUCAAAAACACUAGCACAAUGUUGGUGGAAUGCACUGUCCGGAUUGGCGUACCAUGCAAGAUCGCACCAUAUACUCGGAAAGAUUGCGGCACUCCGUCGCUCGAGUCACUGACCACAGCUGUUUAUGGCUCAUGUGGGAAAAACCAUUAUCGACUGAAACAAAACACCCAUGUAUUUGUCAAUCUGUUCUUUUAUCCCGAGAAGUUAACCGGAGAAAGCAGCAAAGACCGACUAGAUUUACAGCGAUUGCGAGAAUCGCCGACGCUGUCCGACUGCAAAUUGGUCUGUGCCAAUGAAGAAUUCCCCGUGCACCGCGCAAUCUUAGCGGCUCAAUCACCGGUUUUCGCUGCCAUGUUCAAGAACGAAAUGUUGGAGCAGUCGUCAGGAGUCUGCCAGAUUGACGGGAUCAGUGCGGAUGUUCUGGACGAGCAAUUUGACGGAGUUAUGGCACACCGCGGAUAAGUACGAUAUGGAGGAUCUGCGUGCGGAAUGCGUUCGUCGGAUGGCCAGCUCCAUAACGACGGAGAACGUGUUGCAGUAUUUCAAUUUGGCUCGUGAACAUGGUUUGACCAAGCUGAAAAUAGCUGCUGGACAGUUCAUCGGUCAAGAUCCCCUUAACAUCCCUUAAGCGCGUCUCGGGAGUUCCCUCACUUAAUUGCAUUGUUUUCUGGUUGCGGGUCUAUAACCAUUAUACAUUCUCCUUUCUUUACAGUUUUCUUUAUGACAAUAACCACUGACGUUUUCUGUAAUCGUUUAUUUAUAUAUAAUCUUUUCUAUAAUUUAAUACAACCAACUGUGCUUCGUUUCCCCGUUCGAUAAGUCAAUCGGUGGCUCGAUCCGGCGUUCACGAAAGUGCAAAGUUAUUGCUUUUGACUAAUGGUCAACCGAGCGCCGCAGGCGAAUGCAGUGAGUUGUUCUGCAAAAUUUCCAUAACUACGAAUGGGUAGCUUGCAGUAUAUCUUGGGUUGACCAGUUGACCUUCUCCCUGAAUUUUGCAUGAUUGCCUAACAAACGAUGCAGCGGUACAGUGCGUGCUGUCCGUGUUGUCACAGCUCACAAGUGUCAACUCCCAGAUAUAUGUCGUAUAUAAGCACUGUGUGAAUGUGAGUGAAAUCCUGACCA